UCCACUUUUUCUCUUUAACUUUGCGAAAUGAAUGAAACCUCUUUUUUAGCCAUAAAUUCUUCUGGUCGAUCUAUUAAUAUUUUAAAUGACGAGACUACCUUACCUACCACUAAAACAACAAACAAUAAAAGAAAAUACCAUUGUACUGAACCUGGCUGUGAAAAAAGCUUUACUACCAGUGGACAUUUAGCUAGACAUCAUCGUAUUCACACAGGCGAAAAGAAUUUCCCUUGUUUUUACCCAGGCUGUUUAUCUCGUUUCUCACGUCAAGACAAUAUGAUGCAACACUAUCGUACACACAUGUCAAACAACCCAAGGCGCAUACCUAAAAAGGGCUUGGAAGAUUUUCAUCUAAAGCCCAAAUUGCAUGCGCAUCAGCGUAUCAGAUCAGAUCCUUAUCAUAUUGAAAGACCAUUGACGAUUGACCAACACUUGGACAAAUAUUAUCAACAACAGCAACAUUAUAUCUCAAUAGAUAAGCACAGAAUGCCCCCACCUUUAGGUGCAGUUGCUCUGCAGAAACAGCAUACGACACCCACAAUAGAUUUACCUAAAGAGCCUAUCUUGUUCUAUCAGCAUAAGCCUUUGCUUUUUAGAGAGCAAACAAGUCUAGUAUUUCCAUCUACUUUAUUACAUCCAAAGCAUCAUAUCGACCAUACCAAUUCUUUGUCUUUAUCGCCUACUAAUACUACUACUAGUACUACUACCACCACCAGUAGCAGCAGCAGCAGCAGCAGCAGCAGCAGUAGUAGUAGUAGUAGUAGUAGUAUUGCUUCUCCUUUAACAGAUACACAUACAGAUGAACCAGAUACAAAGACAAGUUUGUUACAAUUAGCUCAUAUCGUGAGUACAUUUGGUUAAGUAAUAAAAAGGGGGGUUUUUUUUAAAAAGGACCCUUAGUUGUGGCUAUGUGUUUCUCCCAGUGUGUUUAGAGGUCCGAGAAAAGGGAAGAAAUUCAGGGUUAAGAAAGUAUAGAUCAGCUGCCUCUAUCUACCU